AUGAAACAACAAAAAGGAAAUGAUGUACCAACCUUUAUAGAAAGUGUAUCAGUUGUUGCCAGAGAGUAUAAAUUGCCCAAGAUAGAAAUUAUUGACAUUAUUUCUGCUUGUUUAAAAGAAGAAAUGGGAGAUGUUAAAAGAUUUACAUUUGCAAACAAUAGUUUUACUGAAGAGAGUAUCAUUACAAUUAAGAAAUUAGAAAAAGAAUAUAUUGCUGAAUUAAAUCGAAUAAAAAUAAAAUUAAUUUUUUGGUACGCCAAAGAAAAGCCCAACAGAGCAAGUAAAAACACCAACACAUCCAAUAAUAUGAGACACACUCUAGCAUACCAUUAUGGCCUUGCUUGUAGGGAGAAAAUGGAUCCCUUAGGAUUUAAAAUCCAACAGUCAUAA